CCGGGACAGACGAGAAACGGACCCGUGGCAAUGCUAACUCCAUCGGCUAGUUAGCUUCAUGCUACCCGGGGAAACAUAACGGUUUACCGUUAGCACCGUUAGCCGCGGAGCCACCGGGACUCGACCGGGUUCUCGGGACUCGACCGGGUUCUUGGGACGUAACUCUGGCAUCGUGUGUGUCCGGGUGACGGGCUACGUGUCCGGUUAUCCACGUGGUUUACGCUGUCAUGAAGACCGGAGGCGCAUCAGACCCCCCCGGACCCCCCCGGAGACAACGGGACUAUUCAUCCGUUCCUCUCCCUCCGUCCGCCGCGGAGCUCUAACCUCCCCGCGGGGUGACCGGCCAUGAAGCCCCGGAGGCCGUGCGGCGCCGUGCUGCUUGGGGUGUUCCUCGGGUUCACCGUGUCCUCCUGGCUCCUCGCGCCCCGGGUCUUGGAGGGCAACGCGGGGAAACCUCCCGCGUGCACGCGCCGCCACGGCGGGUCCUCCGUGGGUAACGCACCGGCGGCCGCGGCCGCGAAAGACCGGGACGGCCGGGAGGAGGACCGGGUGUUCGGUAACGGUAGCGGGGACACCGAGAGACCCGCCGGCAGACCGAAGCGGUUCCUCUACGUCGGCGUGAUGACCGCGAAAAAGUACGUGCGGUCGCGCGCGGUGGCCGCGUACCGGACCUGGGUGAGCUCCAUACCCGGGAAGGUGGAGUUCUUCUCCAGCGCGGGGACCGGAGCCGUGCGCGGGCCUGUGCCGGUCCCGGUGGUCUCGCUGCCGGACGUGGACGACUCGUACCCGCCGCAGAAGAAGUCGUUCAUGAUGCUGAAGUACAUGCACGACCACCACCUGGACGAGUACGAGUGGUUCAUGCGCGCGGACGAUGACGCGUACAUCAGAGGUGAGAAGCUGGAGCUGUUCCUGCGCUCGCUGAACAGCAGCAAGCCGCUCUACCUGGGCCAGACGGGCCUGGGCAUGGCCGAGGAGCUGGGCCAGCUGGCCCUGGAGCCCGGGGAGAACUUCUGCAUGGGGGGUCCCGGGAUGAUCUUCAGCAGGGAGGUUCUCCGCAGGAUGGUGCCUCACAUCGGCACCUGUCUGAGGGAGAUGUACACCACCCACGAGGACGUGGAGGUGGGCCGCUGUGUGCGCCGCUUCGGAGGCACGCAGUGCGUGUGGUCCUAUGAGAUGCAGCAGCUUUUCUACGAGAACUACGAACACAACAAGAAAGGUUUCAUCGAGAAACUCCACAGCAGCAAGAUCCACAACGCCAUCACACUGCACCCCAACAAGAAGCCCGCCUACCAGUACCGGCUGCACAGCUUCCUGCUGAGCCGCGAGAUCUCCAGGCUGUGUUACCGCAGCAUCCUGCUGCACCGCCAGGGCCUGAGCAUGAGCUACCUGGGCGACACGGAGGUCCUGUGGGAGGACCAGCAGCUGGGCUCGCCGCCGUCCUACAUGCGCUACAAGCCCGCCGAGAGAAACGACGUCAUCGAGUGGGAUUUCCUGACCGGGCGCCACAUGUACUCCGCCGCCGAGAACAAGGUGGCCCGGCAGAGCCUCGGGAACUCUCUCCGGACCGCGCUGGAAGACGUCAUCCUCCAGGUCAUGGAGAUGAUCAACGAGAAUUCGAAAACCCGCGGGCGCGUGAUCGACUUUAAAGAGAUCCAGUACGGCUACUACAGGGUGGAUCCGAUGCACGGCGCCGAGUACAUCGUGGACUUGUUGCUUCUGUACAGGAAACACAAAGGACGCAAGAUAACGGUGCCGGUGCGGCGCCACGCUUACCUUCAGCAGUCCUUCAGCCGACCCUUCUUCACCGAAGCCGACGAGCUGGACGUGGCGGAACUGGUGGCGGCCAUCAACUCUGAAUCCCAAUCCCUUUCCUUCCUGUCCAACUCUCUGAAGUUCUUGUCGCCCUUCCAGGUGUACGAAUCAAACCGGGAACUGUGGGAGCAGAGCCAGAAGAAGGUCAACAUCCUGGUCCCGUUAUCCGGUCGCUACGACACCUUCGUCCGCUUCAUGCAGAACUUUGAGACGGUGUGUUUGAUACCCAGACAGAACGUGAAGCUCUCCGUCAUUCUGGUGGACGAUGGGAGCGACCCGGACCGAGGCGAGCACAAUCGGUUAAUCCGAGACUACGGCAGGAAGUAUCCCAAAGCCGACCUGUCCGUGAUCCCCAUGAUGGGCAACUUCUCGCGGGGACUGGCUCUGGAGCUGGGCUCCUCGCAGCUCGACAACGACUCCCUGCUCUUCUUCUGCGAUGUGGAUCUCGUCUUCAGCGGCGAGGCUUUGCAGCGCUGCAGAUACAACGCCGUCCAAGGGAGACAAGUCUAUUUCCCAGUCGUCUUCAGUCAGUACAACCCCGAGGUGGUGUCCUCCGAGAAGGCCCCAAGAGACAACCAAUUCGUUCUCACCAAGAAAAGCGGCUUCUGGCGGGAUUACGGCUUCGGUAUCACCUGCGUGUUCAAGGGCGACUUGCUGAAAGCCGGAGGAUUCGACACCUCCAUCUUAGGCUGGGGACUUGAAGACGUGGACUUGUUCACCAAAGUGAUCAACUCCGGUUUAACGGUGUUGCGCAGUCAGGAGCCGGGCCUCGUCCACGUCUAUCACCCGGUCCGAUGCAACGCGAGUCUGGAGCAGAGGCAACGCAAGAUGUGCCUCGGCUCCAGAGCCAGUUCGUUCGCGUCGGCGAUGCAGCUGGCGGAGCUGUGGCUGCAGAGACACGUGGAGGCGGGGUUCAACCGGACGUCAUCCUGACACGCCGGCCCUCCUGGGACCCUCCGUACGAGUUGAGUUCUAUGCAGACGACAAUGGACUGUGUGAGUGUGUGUGUGUGUGUGUGUGUGAGUGUGUGUGUGUGAGUGUGAGUGUGUGUGUGCGUGUAAAUCAGUAAAUGUAACACUCUGCUCUUCAUGAGUGAACUGUGGAAUGUGGAUGUGCCAUGAGUAUCAUCUGCUGCGUUGCGUCACACAAUCUUUAUGCAGGUGUGAGAGAGAUUGAAGCUACCUUCAAGCGACAUAGAAGCUACCUAGAAGCUACCCAGAAGCUACCUUCAAGCUACAUAGAAGCUACCUAGAAGCUACCUUCAAGCUACCUAGAAGCUACCUAGAAGCUACUUUGAAGCUAGGGGUUGGUAAUCUUGAAAAACUAGCGAGAGGCUGCCAGAUUUGACAAAUCAUCCAACUAAAACACACCGCCCAGUAGCGGGCAGCACAAGCUCAUCAAUGUAGUAAAUCUAUAAAGAAAGUUGCCGACUCAGCAGCGUUGACAGCCCGUUCCGUCGGGCCUCCUUCCAAAGACACUUAACCAAAAUCAUGAAAAUUAACCUAAACAACAAACGUGGCUAUUGUCGAUACUCGCAGCCGUAAAGACGCCCGUGAGGAGCAAUACGUGCACAUAAGCCGAGCUUUAAGCUUUAAGCUUCAGGUGAGCCUGAACCCUCCGCUGUGUGGUUACUGCUCCUGUACUCUUAUUAUUCAGCAUGUUGUAGAGAUCUCUCUACUUAAGUCUAGAUGUUUUCUCUCUGACCUCAACUAUCUAUCCUUUCUUUAGCUUAUCUAACCAGUAGAGUCUAAACAUACGUGUUGAGAACGGGCUGAAUGUGUAGCCGGUGGUCUUUCUGGAGAAUCGCUCGUACUUCACACUCAACUGCACUUCCUUUGGGUCUUGAGCAGUACCAUAGAUUACCAUAGAUUACCAUAGAUUGAUGCUUGGAUGACAUUAAACCCCAAACUAUGAGUUACGCUCACAUGGGAAUAAGAUCUUGGAACAUGCAGUGCAGCCACAGCCAGGGAUAUGCCGACACGCUUAGAUUACAUUUAGAAGAACUGGACUCCAUCAAUGUUGGGUCUGACCGACUAUAUGAAUGUAAACUGGGACAUGGCUCCAAAAGUACAGGAUGGAUUUUAAUGAGUGGAGAUAUUUUGCCAGCGAAUGCUUUAAUCCAAGGAUCCAUCGGCAAAAGUGAACUGCCCUGAAGCUCCGCCCCCAGAGCCCUGGUAGAAGUGUAUUCAAAGAGUAUGAAUUAAGAAGUGUCGACGGUCCAGAGAGCAUCAAACGGUACCAAGCAAUCGUACGAGCGGUUCUUCAUAUGCCGAGAACAGCUUCCUUUAUAAUCCGCUCCCUGCUGUCCUCCUACAGGACUGAAUCCUUCUAUGGAUCCAAAAGCAACUCCAGAAGACGGCUCAUGCAAUGUGUACAGUGUGCAUAGAGUCAUGAUAGCGGCAAAUGCUUUAAUAUAUAACAAAUGUAAGCAAAUACUUCAACCCUUGGGGGAGCAAUCGAUGGGCUUCUUACCAGAACCAGGAAGCACAGAUCUGCAGGUCAAAAGGUGUCUAGAUAACUCACAACUGGGCUGAAGUGUUCUCAACAACUGUAUUAUUGUGUUGUGUGUAUUCAUCUGUAAUCGAGACACUUCAGACAUGUUUCUCAUUAUCAAUUGAGGCGGUUCUGUAGACAUGUGUGUGAGUGACAGACCGAGGAACAACAUACGGCGACACCUUGUAGCUAACGUCCGUCGCUCCGAGGCGCGAGGGAUCGUUCUCUGAACGCGGCGGUCGUGUCGAUGGGGGCGGUUGACGAAUAAAAGAAAGAAAUGUGAUGGAAAUUGGUUUAAAGCCGGAGAGAAAAACAAUGCAGAUGUUUGCACGAAGCAAUUGACACAUCCGUAACUCUUCUGCUCUGACCAAGAGGAGCGGUCGAGCCUGCGGGCCAAAAAACAAUCAUAAAACACUUGAAAACAGGCUCUCAAGGGAGGGGGGUGUUCCCUGAGUGUUUAUACCAAAGUUCCAGGAAUGAUUGGACACAGGCAGCAUAAUGACGCCUCAGUCACAAUGUUUUGGCUUUUUCUGCUCGUAUCAGUUCCAGCCUGAAGGUUUGAGCAGAGUUCCUCUGAGCCGCCAUGUUUUCUGUUUAAAUACGUCGUAAUCUUCCAUCUUUCCAUCGGAUAAAGGCUCAGAACAUUGUAUGAGCGGUUAGUGGCCUCUCCUACAGCUUAUAAUCAUUCCUGUUAUUACUGUAGUGAAUGAUAAUUAUAGUAAUUACAGUAAUAAGUUAAUGCAGUAAUUCAUAAUUACUAUAUUAGCUUAUAAUGAGUUAUUAUGAGGUUUACAGGACACAGUUCACCAGCCAGUGCUUUGCAGACUUUAGCUUUUACCAAUAUGGUGCGUAUUGUGUGUUUAGUGAAAAGGAAUCAUCUGGAAAAUAAUAUUUGGAAUAAACUAUCUAAACAUCUUUGAAUGAGACAGAAAGAGCCUAUGCCGAAUGUAAACUCCUAUUGUUCCAACAUUUAUGAUGAGAAACUGAGCAGAUAGUUUUUAUUUAGCCGUUUCUGAAUUGUUGCACAGUCCCUCUAUUCAUCAGCAAUAGAGGGAAAAAAUUGUCACAUUAAUAUUAAUAUAUUAUUAUAUUUUAAGUGGUAUUUGGUGAGCAAAGCUCAAACUUACAGUUAAAUAUAUUGGUAAUUAUGUAGUCGGAAUAUAAAACAUUUGAUGUGUCACAUUUAUACGCAACUGUGUCUCAUAAUAACACAAACAACUAUCUCCAGCUAUUAUAACGACAGGUUGGUUUUCUCAUAUUUUUGAGGUACUAAGCCAUGAUUAAAAGGUACGGUACGUAUAUUCUGUCACGAGUAGGCUUAUGGUUUAUGUUCUACAUGUAUCUGCUGCAAUAACAAUUGCUUUUAAUAAAUAUAUAUUUGGGCAGUGGUCUUGUCUGUUGACUGAAGCUGAAUUGGUGCAAGUUCAAAAAUGUAUAACAAAUGUAAAUCUCAUAAUAUAUAUGUACAUAUAUAUAUAUAUAUAUGUCAAUAAAUAUAUGUAAAUGUG